CCAUUGUCAACGCGCAUCGCAGUCCCUAGUUGCUAUCCGUCAUAUGCCAUGUCCGCUCCCGGCGCCGAAUGGAUUAGCGACAGGUCUCGCGAGGAAUCCCCAGAAGGUCAUGAUGGCUUGUCGCAGCGACGCACAAGCAAGAAGCGCAAAGUGUUGUCGUGCUACGCUUGUCGCAACCGCAAGAUGAAGUGUGAUCGCGUCUUUCCAGUAUGCGGCCGGUGUCGGAAGAACGACAGAGGUCACGAGUGUACCUAUGACCCCCGGCUACUUCAAGAGUCCCACCGUGACAGGGGCACUGCUGCGUCUUUUGCGCUUGCAGAGCUGCCAGCCGAGAGCGAGCCCUCUUCGGACGCACCGGAUGCAUUACAACGGAAACUCAAAAUACAAGACAGACGAAUCGCCAUUCUGGAACAGAAACUCAUCAAUCGGGAUGGCGGUAGUAAUCCCUCCCAAUAUGAGGAUUUUGUGCCCCAUGAACCCAAGAUCACAGAGGAAAUCAUGUUCAGGGGAAAGGGUUUCAGGUCACAGUUCAAUGGCGCAACGAGCAUCAUGAGCGUGAUCUCCAUGUAUCACGAACUACAAGCUUUUACGCGAGAGGCUUUGACCGUCGAUCACUCCAUCAUGCGUGUCAAAACCGACUUCAAAGCCUUUCGCGAUCAGAAGAAGAAGUCCGCAAAGAGGCAGACCACUAGAUGCUCUGUCAUCGACUCUGAGAUACUCGCUAUCCUUCCGGAGAAAAGCAUAGUUGAUGUGCAGGCGGCUCUCUACUUCCAGACGUGGGAAACAAGUUAUAAAAUCCUGCAUGGACCGUCAUUCUGGGAAGAUUAUCGGAAUUACUGGGAAUCAGAUCGAGACGGAAAGGGACCGGUCAGCUUCGCCGUCUUGCUCGUCUUGCUCGUCGCAGCCACGAAGUGCCUUAACCCGAAAGAUGAUGUGUUUAUUGGCGACACGACUGCCGACCGACAAGCGGCUCAUGAGCUUAUUGACACAUGCGACAGCUGGAUCGCUGAUCAGCCGCGCAAGCGGGUUACUUUAGCUUUGUUCCAGCUACAGUGCCUGUCAUUACUUGCGAAGCGUGUUAAUUGCGUUCGACUGAAGCAGGACUGGGUCGCAUCUGGUGACUUACUUAGACUCUCCCUUGCAUCUGGGCUACACCGUGAUCCUUCUCUGCUCGGACAUGGUAAGAUGACAGCUUUCGAUGAGCAAAUGAGGAAGCGUCUGUGGAUUACCGUCAUGGAGCUGGAGCUUCAGUCGUCCGUCGAGAGUGGCAUCCAGUCUUCGCUCACCGGACUGUACUGGGACUCGCCUGUCCCUGAUAAUCUUGGCGAUGAAGCCUUUUCGCCAGAUAUGCAACACAUGCCGGCGUCCGACGAGAACUUCACAUCAGCUUCAUACCUCAUCGCAACUACAAAGUCACUUCCACUCCGUAUUCAUCUGACACAAGUAUUAAACACCCCUUCCAGUGUUCUCGAUUACGACGACGUGCUGCAAUACGACGCACAGAUCCGCUCUGCAUUGGCUGCACUACCCGUUUGGAAUGAUGAUCGCGCACUCGUACCUUCUGCACUCCUCCAGGUGCAGUUGCGACAGUAUCUCUUAUUGCUGCACAAGUCCUACGCCAAAUUAGCCUGCACAGACAAUCGCUACCUAUACUCGUUCACAACUUGCGUAGAUACGUGCAGCUCUCUGGUCACCACGCACGAUCGCUUGCUAUCAAGAGGUGUUCUAGCGCUGAACAACUUUCGCAACGACAUCAUCAGGGCUGGUCUGAUACUUUCGCAGAUUGUCUACCACAACUGCACUCUUCGAAAAGUAAAAUCGUCCCUUACCCCUGCAACAGAUUCUACGAAUCACAGUGCAGACCAUGACGCUCAUUUUGCAGACCUAACUAGGCCACGGCGCUUGGCAGCCUCCAAUACAUGUCUAGACCUAUAUCUCACAACACUACCGCAGGAGUCGUUCCUUGCAAGAACACUAUGUGUAUCCUCGAUGGACAUUCUAGAGCGAACGAGACAGAUUUUCGAGAUCAAGGUCUUCCGGCUUGGUACAGGGUACAUGGAAUGCUGGCUCAUGUCCGCUGCAGUAGGCAUGCUGCCUCCUCCUCCAUCGUCUGCUACCUCCAUAGCCUACAGCAACAACAUUAACGAUGACGUACUCUCAAGAUGUCACAAAACGCUCGACUGGUUUACCUCGUUGGCUUUCAGAGUACUAGCACUACAACAAGAUCCCCUGAGUCGCUUGGCGUCUUCUCUUCGCAAUACUAUGAGUACUAGGGAAGAAAUAGUUUCAACGCCAAUGACAGCUGAGAGUGCGCUUACCACGUCACUAGAUGGGGUUUGCGUGGAACCCAACACAAGUAAUAGCACGAAGGAAGCGUAUGGAUCAUUUGAUGCACUACAGGACAUGCAGUCAGAUAUGAGCGGCUGGUCGUUUCCUGACUUCUGGGAGUUCGACCUUGGCGGAGACUUUUGAUAUUCAUAUAUGCAAUGACAUCAGGUAGAUACCGGAGCUACGGCUACGUCUUCACAGAUGUUAGCAGGUGUAUACCAUCAAAAACAUUUCAUCGCUCUAUCUCCUACCACCCGAUGCUAUUCCGGCGCCAUGACUCUUCUAAGUCUGCUUGUCUUCGAUUCCACG